AUGUGUCGGGGGUCAACAAGUGACAAGUGGAGUGACCCCCGGAGCCGCCGUGGCAGCCCAGAAGGGACAGCAGAUGACACAGUGGACGCCGGGGGUACCGCUAACGGCGGUCAGUUGGUAGCCAGGGGCAGCAGCAGGACUGACAGACAUCUGAGACCAUCUGAAAUGAACAAUCAAACACACGUCACUGAACUCAGAUUCCUGGGAUUUUCCAACCACCCCAACCUACAGGGCUUGUUCUUCUUGAUCUUCCUGGUCAUUUACCUGAUCACUCUUUUGGGGAACAUGCUCAUAAUAAUGGCCACCAAGGUCAGUCCCGCCCUCCACAUCCCGAUGUAUUAUUUCCUCAGCAACCUGAGCUUCUUGGACAUCUGCUACACGUCCACCACCAUUCCGGUCAUGCUGGUGAACUUCUUCCGGGAGCAGAAGACCAUCUCCUACGACGGCUGCCUGUCCCAGAUCUUCUUCCUCGUGACCUGUGCUGGCACCGAGGGUGUCUUGUUGGCUGCUAUGGCUUAUGACCGCUACGUGGCCAUUUGCCACCCCCUUCGAUAUCCAAUCCUCAUGAGUGUGAAGGUCUGUGUUUUUCUGGUGACUGGGUCCUGGAUGUGUGGGCUGGUGAAUUCCGUGACGCACACAGCACUGGCAGCCACGCUCACUCUGUGUGGGCCCAACCAGAUCAGCCACUUUCUCUGUGACAUCCCGCUGAUCCUGAAGCUCUCCUGCUCGGACACCUCGCUCAACGAGUCUGUGCUGCACGUGGCCAGUGCCACCAUUGGCCUGAGCCCCUGCCUGUUCACUGCCGUGUCCUACACACUGAUUAUCUCCGCCAUCCUGAGGAUUCCGUCUGCUCAGGGAAGGAGCAAGGCCUUCUCCACCUGUGCCUCCCACCUCACUGUGGUGGUGGUCUUCUUUGGAACAGCCAACUUCAACUAUGACAGACCCAAUGUAGGCGACAACCUGGACAUGGACAUCCUGGUCUCUGUGCUCUUCUGUGUUGUGACCCCGAUGUUUAACCCCAUCAUCUACAGCCUGAGAAACAAGGAGGUCAAGGGUGCCAUGAGGAAGCUGGCGAGAGGAUGUAUGUUCUCUAGUGACACCAGUGAUUAG